UUUAGAGCUCCUACUUCCGGGUCGGUCUAGCCUCCUUUCUCCCACUUGGUGGUAAAGUUGGGAGCGGCCUGUGCGACAAUAAUAGCAGCAUCAUGGCCGGCAUCAAAGCUUUGAUCAGCCUGUCCUUUGGGGGAGCUGUUGGACUAAUGUUCCUGAUGCUUGGCUGUGCACUUCCUCAGUAUAACCAAUAUUGGCCAUUGUUUGUUCUGUUCUUCUACAUCCUCUCUCCAAUUCCAUACUGCAUAGCAAGAAGAGUAGUUGAAGAUACAGAUGCUACAAGUAACGCCUGCAAGGAACUUGCCAUAUUUCUUACAACAGGCAUUGUUGUCUCAGCAUUUGGGCUUCCAAUUGUAUUUGCCAGAGCACAGCUGAUUUAUUGGGGAGCCUGUGCACUUGUCCUCACAGGAAAUACGGUCAUAUUUGCUACCAUCCUAGGGUUUUUCUUGGUUUUUGGCAGCAAUGAUGACUUCAGCUGGCAGCAGUGGUGAAAAGAGUUGGAAAGAGAACUAUCGGCAUUUUGUGUCAUUCAGUGGCCAUCCAUACAACAGAAGGAACAGGCAAUAAAGUGAAUGUACUGUUUCCACAGAGGGACCCUAGGUGUAGGACGCUGUGUAGUCAACUUUUCCUCUCCUUUGACAUACAACUUUAGCAUUUUGCCUGAUUUAGACUUUUUAAAUUGUCAAUGCUGUUUUUCUUCAAUGCUUUAUUUUGAUGUGGGAACCAGAACACUUCAAUGUCAUGUUUAAAGGUGGUUCUUCUUUGGAGAACAUUUCAACUGUGUUUAAACAAAAAUCAAUCUUUUGACUCUGGGUUAUUUUUAAGAUAUUGUGUACAACUGUGUUACCAAACUGACAACAGGCUGAGGGCACAAUGUGAUCAAAAAUGUUGUGAAUCCCUAUCCUAGGCAUGUGUAUUUAGUACUAAGUCACACUGAAUUCAGUUUGUAUCUACUCCUGAGUAGAAUGACGCUUUAAAGUGCUGUAUGGUGCCCUUAAUUGGCAAACGUGUACAUUGUUGCAGGAUUUGGGUAGCGAGAGCUGAAAAAGCUGAAAAAGAGUAGUUAUCUAAUAGAUUAUUAGUCUAUUGCGAUACUUAAUCCUCUACACAGGUGAAACAUUGUACCAUUGGUGAGAGAAUGCGGUAACUUUUCACUAUAAUGGGAUUCCUGAUUUUUAUUGAUGGGGCAUUUGUACUCAUUUUUGCAAGUUUUUAUUUGCUGAUGCCCUAAAUAGAGGGGGAGGGAGGAAUCUGAUCUCACAAUUGAGGUAAGGAAGACAGAUUAUGUUUAAAAGCCACUUUAAAACAUUUUAAAAUCUUCCUCUUUCUAUGUAUUGUAUGCUUCAAUUUAUAUCAUUUUUGUUAUGUUAGGAGAGAUUAAUGGAACACCCACAGAACUACUGAAUAUGGGCACAACCCAGCAAGAUGUUUUCCUGCAGAGGUUACAAAAAAUGGUAGUGCUCUUGCUCAGCUUUCAUUUUCCCUGUGGCUUGCACAGGACUUCACAGUGGUUUGCACCCACUCUGUCUGCAAAGUAUAAAAGGAGAAUUUUUAUUUCCCCCUUUUUAUUUAUUUUAUACAUGGUCUAAAAAGGUUUUUCAAAUGAAGACUAACAUUUUUGCUGUAGGUAAUAACGUACCUGAGAGAUCAUUUACUGUAUUAAUAUAUAGUUGAAGCUUGAUACCUGACAAAUCUUUGACUGUGAAGAUUUUAAAGCAAUUCUGCCAAUAUUUCAGUUUAUGCAGUCAUGUAUUGUUAGAUCACAAUUGUAGUUCUGUUAGAAUAUCACAUGUAACCUGCAAUAUUUAAUAUUUGUUGCAUAUCUCUUCGUUGUCUUUCCCGUUAAUCAUAUACUACCCUAUUUUGUAGACAUAAUUCUUUUGGAGUGGCGCUUUGCAAGAUCCUCAUAUGCCUUUGUUUAUUCUCUGUGUUCAUGCGAGCUGGCCAUGUCAACUACUUGAUUCAGUCACCCAAACAAAUUCCCAUUUGAAAAUUGAUUGCUGAACCAAGGGCAUGAUCCCAUCUUCGUUCAAGGUACAGAUGUACUGUCUUACACACACACUCACUAUGGCAGGUCCAUAGGUGUGGAGAUUCUGCAGAAAACCUAUCACAUCCUUGGGAUCUGUCAGACUUGAAGACAGCUAGUUGGAUUUAGCGGUAGUAUCUCCUACACAUGCAUAGGUGAUGCAGAGUUUUUGUAUUUUGUUCCAAAUGACACAGUUCUAACUGGAAAUGCAAAAUAAAUCUGUUGCCCAGUGAUCAAUUUCCCACCUCCAUUCAAGGACAUUUGAGCAGAUGAUGGACAAGUACAAGUGGGGUUUGAAGAACAUGUGAUAUUUAUUGGUAUUCCAAGUCCACAUUUUAAAUAUCUGAACAUUUUUCAGGUGUGUCUUUGGGAUUUGGCAACAUAAUGCUUACUGCAUGAUGCUGAGAUUGAUUCUCUCAAAUCCCUGACGUUCCUUUGGGGACGUUCCCUGCACUGACUGGAAUAGUCUUUGCUAAAAAAUAGAUGUGAACUCACUUUGUGAUCUUCCCACUCAUGUAUUAUAACAAAAUGAGUUCUCCUCUUCCCUGUAGCUGCUCUUGCCAAUGCUAUUAUAUUUCAUGGUAGUGUAUUUUCUGCAUAUUGUGUGGACAGCAUUGUUGUGGCAAUCUUGCUUAUUUUUACAUAUAGUGCUGUCUUUUACUAUCAGGUUAGAAGUUUGAAAGGUAUGUCUUUUUUCAUGUAAUAUGCACUGAGAAGCAUUGCCAUCCUUCUACAAAGAAAAAUUUUGAUGAGAAAAUAAUAAACAAUUUAAAUACCA